UAAGAUCUGGGGUCAUAUCUUACAGAUGUGUACCGUGUCAGGUCAGUGUGUUCAGUGUGUCAGACAGACGGUGAUUCUAGGGACGGGAAGGAUUUUUCUAGGAUAGAUUGGCCAUAUACCGCAGAUUGUUAAACGUUGAUCUAACCACGCAAGUCUUAGACAUGUCUGACUUCAACCGAAUCAGUAUCCGAUCCGACCCAGCCAAGUCCAACUACGACGACGGGGUGAGUGGCCUGAGCCUCGAUGACGUCAGACCAUCAACCGUCCUGGUGUCGGCCAAGCUGGAGCCUAAAGGUCCGGUCACUGAGCCACUGGUCAUCCCGAUCUAUCACUCCAGCACGUACGUGGUCAAGGAGAUGGAAGACUGCCUGGAUGGGCUGAAAGAGGGCGCACCCAUCUACUCCAGGCUGGCCAACCCCACCACAGAGACGGCUGAGGCUGUCAUCAACGGUUUAGAGAGAGGGGCGGGGUCAUUGACCUUCAGCAGCGGCAUGGCGGCCAUUACAUCAGUGAUGCUUGGGUUUCUUAAGUCAGGCGAUCACGUGAUCCACCAGAUACCCGUGUACCCAGGGACCCUCACUGCCCUCAAGUUUCUCAACAGCUCCUACGGCGUGGAGCUGACGGCGGUCAAGGAUAUAUCUGUGGAGGCGGUGUCAAAACACAUCAAAGACAACACAAAGAUGUUGUGGAUUGAGACUCCCUGUAACCCAGAUAUCUACGUAGUUGACGUAGAAGGUCUGACCCAGCUGGCCAAAUCAAAGAACAUUCUAGUAGCUGUGGACGGGACUUUUGGCAGCCCGGCCCUGCAGCACUUUAUGCCCCUGGGCAUCGACUUCUCCGUCCACAGCAGCACUAAAUACAUGGGCGGCCACUCUGAUCUGAUAGGUGGGUGUGUGACGACACGAACUGUAGAGCAGUGGCGGAUCUUGAAGCUCAUCCAGGGAACAUUCGGGAACAUGCUUUCCCCCCACGAUGCCAGCCUGCUACUGAGAGGGCUGAAAACUUUGUCCCUGAGGAUGGAGAGAAUCAGCGAGAACGCCAUGAAGGUGGCCACGUACCUGGAGCAGCACCCAAAGGUCCAGCGCGUGAGAUACCCGGGUCUGACGUCACACCCCCAGCACGAGGUGGCCAGAAAACAGAUGACGUCAUACAGUGGCAUGAUCAUGGCGGAGAUAAAGGGAGGCGAGAAGGGAGGACGCGCCGUGGCGGAGAACGUCCGCAUAGUUCGGCUAGCCGUGUCCCUGGGCGGGGUUGAGAGCCUGGUCGAGCACCCCUACACCAUGACCCACGGCAAGUACCUCAUGACGGAGAAGGAAAUGGAAGAGGCUUGCAUCACACCUGGCAUGCUACGUAUCAGCAUCGGCCUUGAGGACGCUGACGAUUUAAUCAAAGAUUUUGGACAGGCGCUAGAAAAACUUGAGCUGUAGAUGCUAGUUAAGAUUAACCGUUUUCUUGUUGUGAGAUUAAACUGUACAAACAGUGAUGUUGAGCGGGGAUUAAAAUUUGGAUUAAAGUAUCA